AUGUUUGAAAGAAUCUAUCUAUCUAUCUAUCUAUCUAUCUAUCUAUCUAUCUAUCUAUCUAUCUAUCUAUCUAUCUAUCUAUUUCCUACACUCACUUACUUAAUUUCUUUCUUUUUCUUUCAUUCUCUCUCUCUUUCUCCUAUACUUUCUUUCUUGGCUUCUUUUUUCUUAUCUAUCUAUCUAUCUAUCUAUCUAUCUAUCUAUCUAUCUAUCUAUCUAUCUAUCUAUCUGCAUAUAUCUCUUGAAUCUUAUUAUCGAAAAUAUUUUUUAUCUCUCGAACAUCUUUCACCGGCAUAUUAUCUCUCUCUCACUCUCUCUCUCUUUCUCAAUCUAUCUAUCUAUCUAUCUAUCUAUCUAUCUAUCUAUCUAUCUAUCUAUACGUCAAUGAUAUUUUCAUCGAUCCCUCUGUCAAUAUCUAUCUAUCUAUCUAUCUAUCUAUCUAUCUAUCUAUCUAUCUAUCUAUCACAGUCUGUUCAUAUCCAUCUAUCUAUUUCAAUCUUUUCAUAUCUAUCUAUCUAUCUUAGCUUGUUCAAUAACUAUCUUCCUCUGUCAAUAUCUAUCUAUCUAUCUAUCUAUCUAUCUAUCUAUCUAUCUUCGCCUGUUCAUUAUCUAUCUAUGUAUCUAUCUAACAAUAUAUGUGCAGGCAGCGAAACGGUUACUGGUGCGGAAAGUUGA